AUGCCCUCUGCCGCCAGAGCGGCCAUUGCGAGACGCGCCGACCUGAGAGAGGGGGAUGUGUUUCCGAUAAGACAGCGCAUUUCAUCAAGUAGGCCACUCACAGGAACGCCUGAAAUACUCAGCGCAAUUGUGCACAGUGAUGAACAAGACUCAGCUAAUCAAUGCUAUAUUGAUAUGAACACUUCCCUGGUCAUUUCGCCUCAGCCAGACAGGAUCGAAGCAGGGUUCCGAGUUCUCAAAGAGGGCGCUGCUGGCGUUGACGGCGUCUCACACCGCAGGGUCACUUCGACAUACCUGGGAGACAACGCCGCCCCAAAAGUCGAUGUCAAGUCCCCGGCAAUGAAUGACGCACGUGUUGGGAAUAAUGUGCGAGGCCCGUCGCUCCCGCCAUACACCACUCGUUGGGCCUUCCCUCCCCGAAUUUCACUUUACAGGUUCUGGGAUGUCAAAAGACUAGAGCAGAUAGGUAUAAAGCUGCAGAUCCGGGCCGAAGACGCAGAGGCGUAUCCCUCCUCGGACGAUGAUCCCGAGCCCAGCUGGGCUAACCAGGAGAUCGAGCAAGAUAACUAUGUGGUGUUCCACUUUCAUUUCGAGCAUCUCCUCAACGACAACGGCGUGUGGCGGCCGGGGAUCUACGCGAUCGUCGCCUUCCACGGCCAACAGUACAUGGAUCAAGCCCGGGCACGCGUGAACGGGAAUAACAACGAGGGCCAGAACCGACUGGACGAGCGCCACUCCGGCUUUCCUCGUUUCUGGACCGAGCCAAAUCUGCCGGGCCAACGAUUCCGCUCCACCAAGGCCUUGACGGCUCUCGAAGUCGCCGCUGCGUGCGGCCAAGAGCAAAUGUUCGACCUGAUCCGCGACGCCGGAGCGGAUGAAUCCGCCUGGACUCGGACUCAGCCUUCUAGUGAAGGCGUCGACGACGAACGCCGCGGCGCCGACACUGGCCCUUCCCCCGCUCUCCUAACGCCCUGGCCUGCUGUGAUCCAGACGACUCCAAAGUUCGAGAAUCCCGACCCUCCUGUCCUGGCUCGCCCUGCCGCUCCCGUCUGCGGCGCCACUGCCCUCGGACAGACGCUGCUUCACAUCGCCUCGCUGCCCCUGACAUCCGAGGCCAUCGACGACACAAACCCCGACGUCGGCCGGAGCAUUCAUUGCGCCAGAACUCUCGAUGCCGCCUGGUUACCGCAUCCCAGGCCCAGUCCCUUGCAUUUGCAGCCACAACCGCGGUCCCGGCUCAACCCGCUGCGGCCCCGCGCGAGGACACCAUUGACGCCCGCCGAGCAGGAGGCCCAGUUGGAGACACUGCGCGUCCUGGUCGAUGCCGGCAUUGAUGUCCGCGCGCAGGAUGUCGAUGGGAACACGGCCCUGCACUACCUGGCGGCGACCUUGAAUGUCGACCCCCGCGCAAUGCAGUUGUUAAGAGAUAUGGACGGCGGCGAGGAUGUUUACCGCCAUGUCUUAAAUCGGGAGGGCUUGUCGCCGCGGGCCUUGUGGGAGGGUAGAGCUGUCCAGUAA